AAUGCUCUCUGAAAUUAAACAGAUAUUGACAAGCUACAUAACAAUAACUUUGAUAGUUGACCUUAUAGUUUGGAUUUGUAAGAGUGUCGAAUGCGAAAUAAAAGAGACAAAGACGCAUAUUGAAAAUAAAGAUAUAAAAAUUGUUUUGGAAGAAAAUUCUGAAGUACCGAUAUAUGACAAUGUUGAUUAUAGGACAAGAGGUUUAGCCUUUCCGGAGAAUGAUAAAAUUAAUUUUCAAGAUUUUGCUUUAAUAGAAACAUUCACUAGCAGAGUAUUUAUCAAUCGCAAACGAAUUAAGACUGUAGCUUUUUCGAAAUUUCAUUAUUUUUCAUAUAUUUCUCAAACUCUUUUCGAAUCGUUUGGAAAUUAUCCUAUAACUGAAUUUUUAUCUACCAAGUUACACAAGGUAGCUCGUAUUCAUUCCCAACAAUGGAAAGAUGCUAUUGGAAUGGCUGAAAUAGCAGUCAGAAUAGACGGACUUCAACCAGCUAGGGAUCAUCUAUUUGUUAUUUUGAGUAAUGUUGAUUAUCCAGUUUUACUGGGAAUGGAUUACAUAAAUACUAUUGAUACACCACCGCCUGACCUAAGAGCAUUUAUUAUGGGAGAGAGAACUACAUGCGUCUGA